CCUCCUCCCUCUUCACCACCCCUCGACUCACGAACCCCUACGAGCAAAUAACCCGCAGUCAACCAACACCAUGCAGGCUGUUACUUUCAACAGUCCCACCUGCGGUUCCAACGACAUCGACCCCGACCUCGACAUCGACCUCGACGAGAACGACGAGCACGCCGCGACCGAGCCCGCAAACCAGGCCGACGCCGAAAUCCAGUUCCUGCGCCAGUUCGCCUCCACCGACGGCGGUCGCUAUCCGCCUUUAAUCCACUCACCUCUGAUCCGGUCUGCCAGUGCAGGUCUUUCUCCGCAGCUUGGAUCUCCUGGCGCAGCUCAGGCUGGUGACCUAGCUCAACCGAAAAGCGGGCCGGGCAGCGCUGUCUCUCCUGGUUCGGCGAUGUCGUUUUCUGAUUAUUCCGGACAGCAUCACCGUAUUUACUCUCCGACUCAUUUGCACCCGGUUUGUGACGGCGAGAAAGGGUUGACGCCCGCGAGUGCCACCUCCGCAGACCUUCUCGACCUCAUGAACGAGAAACUGAGCGAGUCGCCGAGCAAGUCGCCGAAAUCUGCCGUGUUUCUCGCAAUGUCUCCGGGCGUGCCGCCGGCUGAACAGGCGGAGCUAGAACAAAGACUCAAACUCCAGCUCGCGUCGAGCAUUGACCUGAUGCAGCCUCCACCUGAGGACACGUUUGACUAUGCGUCUGCUUAUUACAACUCGAUUGCCGACGAGGAGAAAAAGGACGGUUCUGAUCCUGCGGAGGAGAAUGUGAUGGCUAAACCGCUGUUUGUGAACUGUGAUACCCCGGCUGUACUCGAAAAGACCUCGGAAGACUCCUCGCCCUGGAGUGCGUCGCAGAUGCAUCCCGCAUCCAUUGACGAGUCGGUCAAGCCUCCGCCUAUGUCGCUGUCUGUUGAUACCUCUGCCUAUGCGCGCAACAAAAACCCUGUUCUUCCUCCCCCGAUUCUGUUGUCGUCUGGUACCUCUUCCUCAGGCCAGAGCUGUCUUUCUUCUUCUGAUUCUGCGGGCAGGCCUACUAGCUCUGUGUCUUUUGUCGACGACAUCAUCGAGCGCGAGACCGAGAUGAAGAAAGACGCGGCUGCGCCUUCUACCGCUGACUCGAGACUGUCGUUUCAUUUUACGUCUUUUCCUCAGGUUUCUGCUGUUGACUGUCCUUCUGCUGAUCACGAUGAGAUACCAUCUGUUAAAGACACACCCUCCGAGAACGAGUCUCCUGUGAUACCCUCGAUUUCUGUUCAGGCUCCGUCCAGCGGGAGUGAGGCGAGCGUGCUGUUUGUUGAUGCUGUGGUCGAGGAGGACCAUACUUUGUCCUCAUCCUCUGGAACUUCUCCUUCUUCUUUCCAGACCAGGGAGGAUAUUACUAAACUUGAAAAAGACGAGCAGGCCAUGACCCCGGUCAACAGUUUGGCAAGCAUCAUCAAGGUGCCACCCAAAGCUCUAAUGAAGGAUCAUGACGCUGAUAAAGUUGACCUCGCCGAUAUCAGUAUUGCUAUCGAUGGCUGCUUUGCCUCGAAGCUUGAUGACGGGCUACAGCUGUUUACUCCUACCUCGCCCCGCCGGUUCCCGGGGAGCGCGCAUCUGACUCCGCUGCGACUUGCUCCGAGAGUUCGAGAUCUUAUUGAGGCGGACGACAGCAGCGUCAAGUCUAUGGAGGAGGUCCCCUUCUGGUGGAGAUACCUCGUCUACCCUUUCUACUCUCUCCUACCCCGCAAGACCUUCUUCAACACGCCCGAGCGCGCAUGGCACAGACGUCUGGGCCAUACGGUCGAAACCCAGCUGACGGAGGAGACCUCGCCCGAGCGGCAACUAGCGAUUUCGAUGCGCCGGCAGAAAGUGAUGUGGAACGUGCUCGGGCUCGUGUUUACGGGCGUCCUGCUCGGAGGAGUUAUUGCCGGGGUCGCGGUCUACUUUUAUGGCCCGGGUGCAGAGGGCGGUCUUGUGUUGGGCAAGUAUGCGUCCGUGAGCGCGGGCGCGGGUGCCUCGGGGGCGGCGUAGUAACAACAACCUUACAACCCUGCCUCUGCUGAGUUCAGGA